GGAUAACUGCAACAUAUCACAAUCGUUGAACACUUUUAAAGAUCAUGCCUAAUAACAACAGUGCUUCAAUACCCGGAACAUUUCAAAUCAAAGUUUUGUCAAUGACGGGCCAGAAGUUCAGGAUUAAUGUUUGUGCCUCAGAUCCAGUACUAGCCGUCUUAACUACGCUAGGAAAUUACUUACGAGUUCCACCACAGCAUUUGCAAUUGGUACUUAAACAUACUACAUAUACGGCACUGACAAGUCAUCACAGGACAAUUGUGGCGUAUGGUGUUCGACCUGGAGUCACCCUCCAUCUACAGCCGACGGUUAUUAAGAGCGGUCCAAUAAGUUUUUCACCGCCUGCUAUGUCGUAUGAGCUUGAACGAACACAUCGAACAGAACACAAUACUGGGAAGGCGCACGAUACAAUGGCGCCCAAGGUCACUUGGUCCGACACACCCGCCGCUACACCAGCUCUUGUGAUCUCACAAGAAAGACAGAUUGAGAACCAGCAACUGAAGCAACGCAUGACGGAAAUACGGUCCAAGAUGGAGAGGAGGAAAGGUCUGCGAAGUGCCUCCGUAGGCACCAAUUAAUGUCGAACGUUACACAGAAACUGGACGGAUGACAGUCACAACAUGAAAUAUAAUCUAGCAGUAUACAUAUUUAAAAUUUUUAAUAUAUAAAAUUUCAAACCGU